GUGCUGAGUAAUUUUCCACAGCCAGGUACUCCACAACAACAACGAAGACUGUUGUUAUUCCCGGCCACUGACUGGAGCGUGGCUGGCCGUGCGGUGUGUGCGCGCCCUGCUCUGUGUGGGGAGCGUGCGGCGCUCCGUUCCCGGGCACCCAGGUGAGGGGGCGCGCGGCUCGGUUGGUUGGCGCAGAGAGCGCCCAGGUGCCAUGAGCGCCGUGCAGCGCGUGCAGACCGCGCCGCGGCUUUGCUCCGUCCGGAGCCGGGGGAGGGAGCGGAGGCUGCUGCGCGCAGUCCAGGGUCGUCGCGCGCCACCAGAGUCCGAAUCGCCACUCAGCUGCAGCCGCCGCCCCUGAGCUGGAGUGGGGAGUGCGGGGUGGGGUGGCGGGUCCUGGCGGGGGUCCGCAGCGCAAAAUGGGAGGCAGGGGCGGGGGAGCCUGGCCGGGCUGCGCUACGUGGGGCAGCGUGAGGUAACUGCGUCUCUCGUGUGUGUGUGUGUGUGUGUGGCAUGAUGAUGAUGAUGAUGGCACGGGAGGAUCUUUGAGGCGAACCGCCGCCGCCGAGGCUGCUGCGCAGUGAGGGGCUUCUCCUGCUGCUGUGGCUGCGCUCUACUCCUCGCCAAGGAGCGCCCCCCGGCGCGUGCGUGUCUGCGGGAGGCGCUAGAAGCCCCCUCGCCUCGUCCCACCCCCCGCACACACCAGCGCAGCGCCCCAGCCCGAGCCGCUCCUGAUGACUUCGGCCCCACCCGGGAUCCGCCGCCGCCGGAGCUCUCCUUCUCUGCCUGGCCCGGGGAUGCUCCACGCCGCCGCCGUCGCCGCCGUUCUCUGCUGCGCCAGGCUGCUGCCCCAAGCCCUCGGCGCUCGGUUUUACCCACCAUGGACCUCAAGUUUCUGAUGUGGGGGUUCUGAAGGACCCGAGCAGAGUGUUGCUUCCUGUGAGGAUGAACCUGACUGGUUGGGCUGAGGCGAAGUGGACAGAGCACUCCAACUCCUCACCGCAGCUGCCACCACACUCUUGGGGCAACAAUGACACCUUUUUGUUCGAGGGGGAUCUCCAGGAAAUCAUCCACACAGCCACCCUGAUCACGUGUACCUUUCUACUGGCUGUCAUCUUCUGUCUGGGUUCCUAUGGCAACCUCAUUGUCUUCUUGUCCUUCUUUGACCCGGCCUUCCGGAAGUUCAGGACCAACUUUGAUUUCAUGAUCCUCAACCUGUCCUUCUGCGACCUCUUCAUCUGCAGCGUGACUGCUCCCAUGUUCACCUUUGCCCUCUUCUUGGAUUCUGCAGCGGGCAUUCCAGAUGCCUUCUGCUUCACCUUCCAUCUCACCAGCUCCGGCUUCAUCAUCAUGUCCCUCAAGACUGUGGCGGUGAUCGCCCUUCACCGACUGCGCAUGGUGCUGGGGAAGCAGCCCAAUCAGACCGCCUCUUUCCCUUGUACUCUCUUGCUCACCCUGCUCUUGUGGGCCACUAGCUUCACUCUUGCCACACUGGCCACCAUGAGAACCCACAAAUCCCGCCUCUGCCUUCCCAUCUCCAGUCUGGUCAGCGGCGAGGGGAAGAUAAUCCCUUACAUGUAUGUGAUUGACUUCAUAUGCUGUGUGACGGUAGCUUCGGUCUCUUACAUCAUGAUUGCCCAGGCCUUGAGGAGAAAUGCCCAAGUGAGGAAAUGCCCUCCGGUCAUCACAGUCGACGCGUCCAGGCCUCAGCCUUUUUCUGGACCUCUUAUGGCUGGGUGUGCUGAUGGGGUACAGUGCACUGUGCCAGCUCUGUACAGAAAUCAGAACUACAACAAACUGCAGCAUGUCCAGACCCAUGGCUACGGGAAGAACCUCAGCCAGUUGCCGGCAUCUGCAGCCAGCAGACUCCAGCUGGUGUCCACCGUCAACUUGUCCACAGCCAAAGACUCUAAAGCUGUGGUAACGUGUGUGGUAAUUGUCCUUUCCGUCCUAGUUUGCUGCCUCCCAUUGGGGAUCUCUUUGGUGCAGGACGUAUUGUCCAGGAACAGUAGCUUCAUCCUCUACCAGUUCGAACUGUGUGGAUUUACCCUCAUUUUUUUCAAGUCUGGAUUGAACCCUUUUAUAUAUUCCCGUAACAGUGCUGGGUUGAGGAGGAGGGUCCUGUGGUGCCUCCAGUACUUGGCUCUCCUCUUUUUUUGUUGCAAGCAGAAGACCAGGCUCCGAGCUGUGGGCAGAGGGAGCCUGGAGGCCAACAGGAACAAGUCCUCUCACCACGAGACCAACUCAGCCUACAUGCUCUCUCCAAAGCCUCAGAAGAAGUUUGUGGACCAAGCCUGUGGCCCUAGCCACUCCAAGGAAAGCAUGCUGAGCCCUAAAGCUUCCAUCGGCCAGCAGCCAUACGGAGGCCAGAGUAGUUCAACCCCCAUGAACACCCGCAUUGAGCCUUACUAUAGCAUCUAUAACAGCUGCCCAUCCCAGGAAGUGAGCACUCCCAACAGCCUGCAACCUGCAAGCUCUCCCUUUGGGUUUGCCAGGUCCUACAUUGCCAUGAACUACCACACCACGAAUGACUUGGUGCAGGAUUUUGACAGUACUUCUGCUAAGCAGAUACCAGCUCCCUCGGUGUAGCCGGUGGGAGCUGAGGGCAGUCCAGGGUUCUGCCACAAUGGUGGCUAACUUUUUCUUGACAAAGUGUGCCACAUGAUAAGGCCAAAUUAUGCCAUCAGGCAUUUUGGAAUGCACUACAGCAGAGAUGGGCAAACCUGACCCUCCAGAUGUUUUUGGACUACAACCCGAUACACUAAACAAAGCAGGGUAUGAACCUGAUCCAAAGGUAAACCAAAGCAAUACAAAAGAUCAGGGAAAUAUGCAAUAUGGCAACAUGCAAUAUGGUCCUAGGUUAAUAAUAUAGAACUACAAAAGAAUAUAAAUGGAUAUAAAUGGAUAAUAAUAAAAGUUAAUAAUGCUGCAUAAAAUUGUUUGAAACUUAAUAAGGAUUGUUUUAGAACAUCACAAUACAUUAGAAGUCCACAUACGUAUGCUGGUUAGGUAAUAAGUUCAAAUGUUGUAAAAAGUCCUCAGACAAAGCCUACAAACCCAUGUGGUUCCCAGUGAUUUUGAGUCGUUGAGGAUCUUUAUAGAGUCAUACGCAUUUCGACUCGUAGUCUUCCUCAGUGACUUCCCAUGUAUUGUUCUCACGAGGGCAUUGCACCUCCAGACUCCUUUGGAUCCAAAUAAAUUUUCAUAAUAUUUCCAAGGUCCCCUUCUCACCCAGUAGCACAUGCUAUGUCCUCAUGAGAAGAAUACCUGGGAAGUCACUGAGGAAGACUACGAGUAGGUUAUUAAAAUACCCACUUCUAUUCUCACCCUUGGUAGUGAAAUAUUAUUAACCCAGGACCCUAUUGCAGUUUUUCCUGAUCUUUUGUAUUGCUUUGUACUACAACUUCCAUAAUCCACUGUGGCCAAUAGUCAGCGAUUAUGGGAGUCGUCGCCGUUCAGCCACAGGUGGAGUUUGCCCAGCCUUGCACUCUACAGUAUAUGUGUAAACCCUUCAUGCUUGAGGUGUGUUUGCUUUUAGUCUACUGAACAAGCAUCAGCCAAGAUGAGAGGCAGACCCGACUUCAGGUCUGACUCUGCCAUCUCCUUGGUUGUCCGUUUCAUCUUUUUUCAAUUUUACAGGUUACUAAUCUCCAUGGUACAGUGGGCAUUAUUACAAUUCCCAGAGUAUUAUUUCUGAACUUUAGCAUAUCGUAUUAAAUCUGCUUUUUUGUCAAAAGGCUGCCAACUACGAAUUGCCACUUAGUACUCAGUUUUAGAACUGAACUCGAUAUGACUUCACUGUUCCUAAGUAUUUUGUCAAAAGUGCACAGUUUUAGCAUUAACGGAGAUGGUCGCUUUUUAAAGGUUUCUACUCUGAAUUGUAUAUCUUGUCAGUGCAAUGCAGAAGAAUGUUUUUUCAAGGGGUGGCAAUGGAGAUUGAAUGACAUUGGCAGUGAAAUGUGUAAUGAUACCCCCCCCACACACACACUCGCUCGCACGCACGCACACAACCCUCCCCCUCCACACAGCAAGAAUUCUGCCAGGACCAUGGUUUGUUUAAAUAUGGGGUUUUCAGCGUGUCUGAACAAGCCUGUUCCCUACUCUCUCUCUCAACAGGCUAAUUCUUGCCACUCAGAUUAGGUUGGCUGGCAUACUGGGCAACGUUCCAUGUGCCUUUUAACGAAACGUGUUUGCAGUUGUGCAAGAGCGCUCUUGUGCAAAUGCAAGGAUUGCACAAACAGAGUUGCACAAUGCAUGGCUACUCUUACGCAGCUCUGCCCAUGUUUCAUUGAAAGGCAGGUGGGAUGCCGUGUAGUAUCUCAGCCAGUAUAAUAAAAGCCAAGGAGAGGGGCAGGGAGAUGCCAUCAUUUUAGAGGAACCUGCUAGGUAGGGAGAUGAACUCAUGGAGGAGUGCCUGCUUUGUUUUCUUUGCAUCAGUCCCAGGUCUGUGCCAACAGUGACAUCUUCAUAUGGGGUUUCUACAUGUCUGUUAUAGAUCUAGACAGGCACAUUUUUGAAGACACGGACACCUGCCAUUUCAAACUUCUUUACAAACUGCCAAAGCUAAAAAGUUGUGUGUCUCUGUGUUGUUGUUGUUUUUUUUGAAGUGAGAUUUCAAAGGUCCAGUAUCUGCGUCAAGGUCCCCACUCUAUAUUAACACCAGGCUGAGCCUUUUUGCCAGUGUUUGCACCCCUUUUUGCACCAUUAUAAAUGUCUUUUGUAAUAACUGUCUUAUUAUGACUGGUCGUCUUUGUUGUGUAAGCAUUCGUGUUAUAAGAAACCUUUUUAGAGAAUACACAGAACUAAUUUUUGAUGGGUUGAAAUUGGGCACCACGAAGCCUAAGAUAGGCAGAAUUAGGCAUACAUUUGAUUUUCUUGUAGUGUAAUGACAAUAUUUUAUUGGCUAAUGCAUUUUUGCCUUUGUAUUUUUCUAAUUCCCCGAAAAUUAUGUGAAUUCCCCAAAUAUUACAUGAGGAACAGUG